CGGCUGGCCGUGCGUGAGGGCGGCCGCAGCCGCGGGCGCGGGCGUCGCCUCGGAAACACUGGCAAACUUGGAGAGACAGAUCUAUGCUUUUGAAGGAAGCUACCUGGAAGACACUCAGAUGUAUGGCAAUAUUAUUCGUGGCUGGGAUCGGUAUUUGACCAACCAAAAAAACUCCAAUAGCAAAAAUGAUAGAAGAAACCGGAAGUUUAAGGAAGCUGAGCGGCUCUUCAGUAAAUCCUCAGUUACGUCGGCAGCUGCAGUAAGUGCAUUGGCAGGAGUUCAGGACCAGCUCAUUGAAAAGAGGGAGCCAGGAAGUGGGACAGAAAGUGAUACUUCUCCAGACUUCCACAAUCAGGAAAAUGAGCCCAGCCAGGAGGACCCUGAGGAUCUGGAUGGAUCUGUGCAGGGAGUGAAACCUCAGAAGGCUGCUUCUUCUACUUCCUCAGGGAGUCAUCACAGCAGCCAUAAAAAACGGAAGAAUAAAAACCGGCACAGCCCGUCUGGCAUGUUUGAUUAUGACUUUGAAAUUGAUCUGAAGUUAAACAAAAAACCACGAGCUGACUAUUAGAAGACUCAUUAGUGCAGAAGCCUCCAGGCUGUAGAGCUCUGCUUCCCUUCUCCGACCUCAUACAGAUAAAGAUAAACAUCCCUCACCUGAGUGCGUGGCCAUCCACCUCUGCUCUCCCAGACCCAGUGCCUGUGACUCUGAGUAGUUUGUUCUAAAUGUUGUGACAAACAAGUCAUUUCUGUAAGACAUCGGAUCAUUUGCUUUGUGUCAUUUUUAGUAACAGAGCUGCAGGAAGACCAAGACAUGGUUAUAAUCGCAGCAAGUUGUUAACUGUGCAUUUCUCCCUUCUUAGAAUGAACAUUUUUCCCCAAACUGGCUGCUGCCAGCCACAUCCGUGAUCCCUGUUGAGAAAUAUUCUCUGGUUUUCUUUUAUGCUAAGUAGAACACAAGUCACAAUGAUGUAGGCUGUAAAUAUCUGGCAUUCUCUUACUUUGUUGUGUUUUAUUUUCUGUUGUUAUUUUACCAUCUCAUUUUCUUUGGGGACUUUUUGUAAUGCCUUUGUACAGCUCAUACCUUCCUGCCAACAUAUCUGGUAAUCUAUUUCAUGCAGUUGCCAAUAUUCCAACUGAAAAUAAUGUGGCUUACCAUAGUAAAAUGGGAAACUUGGCUCUUUGUUUUCUUGCAGGAGGAAGGUAAAGAGUGUUUAUUUAAAAAUUACCUAUCUUAAAUCUUUGAGUUGAAAGCAGUUUCAUGUUCAAGGAACAGGAAAAGCGGAAAAACACAAGUUAAAAUCAGUUCUUUUAAAAUAGAUAUUUUUAUUCUUUUGUAUAAAUAAAAUUUCACAGGCUUUGACUUCUCAUGCUUUACUUUUAAACCUGAGAUUGUUUUUUUACUUAUUUAUUCAUAUCAUGCCUUAUUGGAAAUUUCUUUUUUCUCAUCUUUUUGUUAGUAAUCACCUGAUUAAAUAUUGCUGUAAAAAUCACCAAGGCAAUGGAAAGUCUCAAAAUUCCACCAGAAGCUGAUAAUGUAAGGUUCUUGAGCGGAGUGAAAGGUAGCAUCAGCAGAGCCAACACUGCCUCAGGGACAUUGUCCUUGCAGGGGUCAGUAGGCAGAGGAACUUGCUAAUGAUUGUGCUUGAUUCAGUGCAGUGGUCACCUACUUUGGCAGCAGAUUGUAAUCACCUAGAAACCCUAAAAAUGCUGAUGUCUGGGCCCUGCUCCCAGAGACCCCACGGUCCAUACAGCCUGCUUACUAGGAUUUCUUUUCAAAGGGUCCUGGUGAUGCUGAUAAGAAGCCAUGUGGAGAGCCACUGCAUUAGGAAACUGAAUACUUUGAUUAAGUGCUAUGCUGUGAAUCAUUCUAAGAUUUGGGCCUUGCCUUUCCGUGACUCUAUUUAGUCAUAGUCCUUUAUGUAUGCCCAUCUCUUUGUAAGAAGAAAUAUGUUCAUUGUGAUCUCAGUGGAGCUGAAUAUGGAUGGCAUCUGUUUUCAGAACAAAGCUGCCUUGUCAGGUGUGCAAAAGCUUUCACUUUUGUUCUCAAAUAAACUUUUUUUUUUU